AUGGAAAGAUCGAAUACUCCCCCGCCUGCAAGAAGAACUAGAUCUCAAGUUACAUCACCGCCAACACCCGACGUUAAAAGAAGAAUAGAAGAGAACAGACUCAAGGCUAAAGCACUCCGCGAACAAUCUAUAGCUCGUGAGAAAGCGUCGUCCGUAAAUGAUACCAAUCGUACACCCUCGGGUUUUAUUGCUACUCCCGAUAUAACUCUGGCGGGUCAAAAACGCACUCACUCUUCUAUUUCAACCUCAUCAAUUCCCGCCACUUCUCGCGAUGCGCGACAAGCUGCCAAAGAGGCGCGAGCCGAUGAUUCCUCACUGCAAGCUGCACGGAAGUUUCGGAAAUAUGUUGAUCAUGAUUUUAGCAAGAUGACGGAUACGAAAGGUGGAUUCUUAGCUGAAGAAGAUGAUCCAUGGAAUAAGGCAUUACAUGCAUCGAAAGAUGGAGAGAAACCUGCGCAUAUGACACUGAAGGAAUGGGAAAGACAUCAGCUAUUGAAAGGGUUGCGAAAUAGGAAAGAGGGACCCUUUGAACCCGGGUUGAGUGUACUUGGAGGGGAUAAUAAGAAGUGCCGGGAGUGCAAAAGUUUAGAGAUCGAUUUUGUGUGGGAUGAGAUUUUCAAGUGUAGGGUUUGUAAUGGAUGUAAGGAGAAGUUUCCUGAGAAAUAUAGUUUGUUAACUAAAACGGAGGCAAAGGAGGAUUAUCUCAUUACAGAUCCGGAAUUAAAAGAUGGAGAGCUCUUACCACAUCUCAACAAGCCCAAUCCGCAUAAAUCACAUUGGCAUGAUAUGAUGUUGUUCCUACGAUAUCAAGUGGAGGAAUAUGCAUUUAAGACGAAGUGGGGAAGUGCAGAAGCACUAGAUGCGGAAUUUGAAAAAAGAGAAGCAGAGAAGAAGAAGAGGAAAGAAGAAAAGUUCAAGAGUAAACUGAAAGAAUUAAAGAAAAAGACGAGAACCGAAGCAUAUAGGAGGGGAUUAGCGGGUGAUGGAAAAGGUGGAAAGUUUGGAGAUGUGAUUAGUAAUGGGAAACAUGAACAUGAAUGGGGUCAAACGGUGGAGAACGAGGAUGGAAUGAGCGUCAAGAGUUGUAUAGAGUGCGGGAUGGAAGUUGAGGAGUUGGAAUUUUGAGGAAGGAAAUUAUAUGGGUAUGGGUAUGUGUAUGAGUACGGGUAUGGGCAUCGAUACAUUGGGUUGUAUCUUCAUUAGUCUUGAGAGCGAUAUGGAAGGAAUUUGGAGUUUGCACGUCAUAUCUAUGAUCGUCAUGAUCAAGGUUGGAAGGGCUGGAAAGGCUGGACUUUGUUAACCUUCGAGGUAUGCAUAUGUGAAUGUACACGAAGGAUAUUUACGAAUCCUUCAGCGAUAACCAUACUCAAACACUUGCUUUUUAUGACAAGGAUGUACAUACACA